UUGUGUCAAAACACGAGCUGUCAUUUUUACAAAAUAUUUUUGUGGAGUUUCGUAUAUUUUUAGUUUCGAUUUAAGUUUUAGAUAAAACAUAUAUUUUAUAAUGUCGGAGAAAGAUUUUGAAAUGGCCCUUUCUUUCCAGGCAAAGAAAAAACCAGAAGAGCCACCACCCCGUCGACGUCCAAAGAUAAUAGUGAUACCAAAACGAACGCCAUCUAUCGUCAUACCGCCAAAACUGCCGGUUUUUAUAACCCCAGAUAAGACCACCUGCGUGAAGUGCCCUUGCUUUCCUAAAGAGGACCCUUAUGAUAAGAAUAAAAAACUGAACCCAUGUCUAAUAUCACCUGUAACCCUGUACGAACUGGCAGCAGUCGUUGUGGAUAGCCUGCCCUAUCCAAAUGCCUUUGACUGGUCUGAGGAUGAUGUCGUCAGAUGGAUGGCUGAAGAAGUGGGGUUGCCACAAUAUAAGGAAUGCAUUUUGGAUAAUCACAUAAAUGGAAGGCGUUUGUUAAUGCUGGAAGAUCCUUCGAAAUUAGCUGAAAUUAAUAUUAGAGAUUUUGUACAUAUGCAGGCAAUAACGUCAGCCAUACGUCGCGUAUUUCACAUAGAAUACGUGCGUUUUGCGCGUAGUAUAGGCUUACCGCCACGGAAACCGCUCACGCAUUGUACGUGGUUCAAAUCUAGGACCGGACCGAAUUGGGGCAUCAGGGUGAAUUGGACCAGAUGCGAUAUACUACGAUGGAUGAAGAUAAUAAUGCCAGAACCUUUCAAGUUGGAUCAUUGGGACCUAGUUUGGUAUCAAAAGCCAGAUUUUCCAAAAGUAAAAUUCGCGCGUAUACCAGAACGUCCUAUUUAUGAGAGGGAGAAAAUACCACACUAUAGACCGCCUGCAGAAUCGGACACAUGUCGAGAAUAUUUGGCACCAAGAAAAUUCAAACUCCAAACAAGCAUAUCAGACAAUCAACAAUACAUCUGGAUGUGCGCUCCCAUUGAGUUAAAGAAAGAACAGAAGAAAGAAAAAGAAGAGAAAAAGAAGAAGAGAAGACUAACAGUGCCGAAAGAGACCAGACUGAUGCCAAAGAAGAUUAGCUUGACAGGUCUCAGUGGCAAGGAGUUUAUACUGGCUAGAAGAAAGAUGGCAACACCAAAGUUUUUACCAGUUCCAAAACGUUCUAAAGGUCUAAAAUAAAGUCCACGAAAUUACGGA